AUGGACGGGCAGCGCAGCAGACUCCCCCACCCUCCGGCCCAGCAGCAGACCGCCGAGACGGCGGAGCAGCAGCGGCUGGGCAGGCCCGACACCAAGCCCGUCGACCUGGCCGUAUCAAGGCGAAACUUGCACCGCGACUUGAUCCGGAAGCAAAUCAUCCAGUCGGGGAUCGUCAUUGCCCCGGCCUUGGGCGCCGCCUUGACGCUGGUUCAUCAGUACAUGAAGCAGACGGCGGGUGUCGACGACGACGACCACGACGAUGACCCGGUGGCCAGGCGGUUGUUUGUGGACCGGGCGACUGGAGCCAAGCACGUCGGCGGGGACGGGGAGGAGGAUGGCGGUGAAGAGGAGGAGGAGGAGGAGGAGGGGGGAGAAGAAGAGGAGGAUUAUGACGAUGAAGACGACUACGACGAUGAAGACGAGGAAGAGGACGACCUGGACGACGACCACCGAGACGACCAGCCUGAUGAAGCCGCCGCCGCAGCGGAUUCGGGCAAAAGCCACAGGCCCGCCCCGACGCCGCUCAGCCAAUCCGCCAACGCGCCCGCUGGCCCUCGACGGACCCCGCUGUCCCUGCCCGAGACGGUGGCGCUGUGGCGGACGCUGCGCUCGCAGUCGCGGUCGCUGGCGGAGCAGCAGCGGCUGCUACAGCAGCACCAACAGCAGCGCCAGCAGCACCAGCUGGACCAGCACCGGAACGGGCAGCACCAGAACCACCCACAGCACCAUAACGGGCAGCAGCAGCACCUCCAGCGGCCCCGCGCAGAGCUUCCCCCCCGCCAAUCAAACGCGCCAGCACGUGUCCCCGUCCCCCAAGCUCAGCAACCUCAGCCUCAAGCUCCCGUCGCCGCUCCUCGCGUCAUCCCAUUGAGCUCCUCCCACCUUACAUCACAUCAAUCCAUCCUCAAGCGCAAGGCCCCGACCACCCACGAAUCCAUCGCAAAGUGGCUCAAGACGGUUGAGUCCGCCCGCGUACCUUCGCAGCCUCCCCCCAACUGA